AUGGGUCCAAGAACUAACAUCAACCAGAACGCAUGUACCAAUGGAUCAGCAUCUAGGCCAUUGAUCAACGCAGUCAACACUGACUGUAUAGGAUUAUCUAAUCCAAUGAUUGCUCCUAGACCAGACAAUAUAUCAAUUCCAGUGUCAGAGUUUAAUGAUGUAAUCAGUCUUCUCGCUACACUCAAUGACAAAAUGACAGCUGUUAGUUCCAAUGUUAGUGAAUUGAAAAUACAAUGCCAGGUAGGUGCUCAAUCGACUGACAUGCAAGCUGUUCUGGAUUCUGAUAUGAGUUCUCAGGACAUCAUAAGCAGCUCAAGACACCCAAAGAUUUCAUUUAACAAGAAUCUGGCAAGUGAUUUUAUGCUUUACAUUCGUUGUCAACCUGUAGCAGCCAUGGUACCACCAAAAGGGCUAUGUGGUAUUUGUUGUAAAUGA